AAAUUCUAAUUAGAGAUGCAGGAAUCAAUGAUAGGGAGGUUGGGCAGCUCAGUUCCCCAGUGCCAGCCCAAUAGACGGAUGAGUUAUUGUCAUGUAAAAAGCGCCAGCAAUAAGACCAACCGCUUUGCUAUUGUCCAAGUGGAAAGAGCCAAGUUUAUUAUGAGGACUAUAUGCUCUAGAGACCUCAGACAAGGCAUCUCAUAGGAGGCUUUUUCAUAAAACUAGGCUCUGCUGGUAGUAAGGAGGCCAGUUUGGAGGCAGGCGUUGAGCUGUGCACAUCUCCCCACUCCAGCCACCUUCUCCAUACCCAUCUUUUAUUUCAUUUUUCCACUUGGCUGAGCCAUCCAGAGCCUUUUCAAUGUAUAAAAUGGAAUAUUCUUACCUCAAUUCCUCUGCCUACGAGUCCUGUAUGGCUGGGAUGGACACCUCGAGCCUGGCUUCAGCCUAUGCAGACUUCAGUUCCUGCAGCCAGGCCAGUGGCUUCCAGUAUAACCCGAUAAGGACCACUUUUGGGGCCACGUCCGGCUGCCCGUCCCUCACGCCGGGAUCCUGCAGCCUCGGCACCCUCAGGGACCACCAGAGCAGUCCGUACGCCGCAGUUCCCUACAAACUCUUCACCGACCACGGUGGCCUCAACGAGAAGCGCAAGCAGCGGCGCAUCCGCACCACCUUCACCAGCGCGCAGCUCAAAGAGCUGGAGAGGGUCUUCGCCGAGACGCACUACCCCGACAUCUACACCCGUGAGGAGCUGGCCCUGAAGAUCGACCUCACCGAGGCGCGGGUCCAGGUGUGGUUCCAGAACCGCCGCGCCAAGUUCCGCAAGCAGGAGCGCGCUGCAGCGGCGGCGGCGGCCGCGGCCAAGAACGGGUCCUCGGGGAAGAAGUCCGACUCGUCCCGGGACGACGAGAGCAAGGAGGCCAAGAGCACCGACCCGGACAGCACGGGCGGGCCCGGCCCCAACCCCAACCCCGCUCCCAGCUGCGGGGCGAGCGGCGGCGGCGGCGGCGGGCCCAGCCCGGCGGGAGCCCCGGGGGCGGCGGGGCCCGGGGGCCCGGGCGGCGAGCCCGGCAAGGGCGGCGCGGCGGCGGCGGCUGCGGCGGCGGCGGCGGCUGCGGCGGCGGCGGCGGCGGCUGCGGCGGGAGGCCUGGCGGCGGCGGGGGGCCCCGGACAGGGCUGGGCCCCGGGCCCCGGCCCCAUCACCUCCAUCCCGGAUUCGCUCGGGGGCCCCUUCGCCAGCGUCCUAUCCUCGCUCCAAAGACCCAACGGUGCCAAAGCCGCCUUAGUGAAGAGCAGUAUGUUCUGAUGGGAUCCGGCGGCGGCGGCGGCGGCGG